CCGUUUUACAGCUUUGAUUGUUUUUGUUUUGCCCUUCCUUCAUUUCUGUCCAGAGAGCCACAAACAAAAACAUUAAACAGCAUAGCAGCAGCACGCGACAGAUAGAGAGCGAAAACCUACCACACCCACGCAACCCAGCCCAAUCCCAGUUCGGGGUUGACUCCGGCGACGAUCACAUCGGCGGCAGCGACCACACCGACAGCGGCCCUACGCGACACAGUCCAUAACGAAAGAGAGUCUCCAUAACGGCGAAGGUGACUGACGGUGGUGAAACAAUCGGCGACGACGACGCAGAACGCAAGAGACCGGCGCAGCAUCCCUGAGGCUUCUCUUCUCUGUUGAAGCAGGACCAAUGAUUCGAAGCCUUGCUCUACACUGGGCAGCACGAUUCCGACACAACCAAUCACUCCUGCGUCUUUCUUCUUCUUAUGCUUCUCCCGCUACUCUUCACCAUGCCACGUCCUCUUCUCCUUCCGCUGAGCCCGUUCACAUCACCCCAAACUGUAUUCGAAAAAUGAAGGAACUGGAAGCAAGUGAAUCAUCGACUAGUGGAAAAAUGCUUCGUUUGAGUGUGGAAACUGGUGGUUGUUCUGGAUUCCAAUAUGUUUUUAAUCUUGAUGACCGAAUUAACUCAGAUGAUAGAGUUUUUGAGAGAGAAGGAACUAAAUUGGUCGUUGACAACAUAUCAUACGAAUUUGUAAAAGGGGCAACGGUUGAUUAUGUUGAGGAGCUAAUCCGUUCAGCUUUCGUGGUGACUGAAAACCCCAGUGCAGUUGGUGGUUGCAGUUGUAAAAGUUCCUUCAUGGUGAAACAAUUGUGAUUUUGUUUCUCCUUUUUGACACUUCACCCACUCCUUAGAUAUUUGUUAUAACCAAUUUUCCGUUCUUUUGUACCACUAAGAAGGUAAAGUUUAUUUUGUACAAUGCUCUCAAAUGCUGCUGUCCUAGUAAUAGGUUUAUCCAUAUUCAUAAAAGCAAGUAUUUAUAGAUUCUACGUCCUUUGGUUUGGCAUUUGAUUUGUUAUGCCAUGAUUUUUUUUCUCUCUGAACGCUCAUUCUAUACGUGUAUACACUGAUACUGAUAAUAAUACUCUGCAUAGUUUUUGUUGAAUUCA